AUAAGCAAUUCUAAUGAAGGAUUAAAUCUAAAAGGAAAAGUGAAUGAUCUAGUAUCUAAUGGAAAUAAUGUUGAUACGCAAUUAACCGAUUCGAUAGUCUUAGUGAAUAAGCCGGUAGAAUAUGAUGCUCGUUCGAGAGCACUUUUAUUCAAGUAUGCACAAUAUUUAAAUGUUUCCAUAACUGAUGUCAAGUCAUUAGAGAGAGAGUUAGCACAAAAAUUAUAUUUUUUGCAAGAACAACCGAUUGAAAACGAAAAGAUUUCUGAUGAAAGCGAUCAGAAUGUUCAAGUCUUCAAUAAUAGCGCGAGCACUAGUCUAAUUACUAAUUACUGUGUGUGGUCAAAUGAAGCUGCACCAUUAGUUGCUGCUGGAAUAGGUGCAAUCACUGGAGCGGGGGUUUUUGUAACUGCAGCAUCAAGCGUAACAUUAAUGACAUCCUUAUUCGGGAUUGCGGGUGGUGGACUUGCAGGGUAUCUUUUGGAAAAUGUCGAUGAAGUUACUAAUCCUUGGUUUCCUACAUUUGGGAACGUUUCUGACUAUAGUGAUACAUUUGCCUUGAGUUUCGAUACUGAAAUUCUUUUGUCACUUGGUCGAUCAUUUCGUCGAUUUCUAGCGGAAUCAACUGUUUCGAUUGCAGCCAGUGAAGCUCUAAAAAGAACCGUCUUUGCAACUUUAGCGAAUGCGCUUGUGUUGCCAGCAGCUUUAAUGAAAGCCGGAGAUUUGAUAGAUAAUCCAUGGGCGCUUGGUGUAGAUCGAGCACACAAAGCAGGUUUAGUGUUGGCUGAUGUUUUGACAGAACGUGUUCAGGGAAAAAGACCAACAGUUUUG